AUGAACCGCCUAUUCGGCACCAAGAGUACGGCUCCUAAGCCCACUCUAGAUGGUGCAAUCAGCAAGGUUGACGACCGCGUCGCUAGCAUCGAUGUGAAGCUUUCCGCCCUUAACGUCGAACUCUCAACAUACCAAGCCAAACUCUCCAAGAUGCGCGAUGGGCCCGGCAAAAAUGCUCUUCGUCAAAAGGCCCUGAAAGUUCUGCAGCGCCGCAAGCAAUACGAAGGGCAACGUGACCAGCUCUCUCAGCAAUCGUGGAACAUGGAGCAAGCAGGCAUGAUGCAAGAUAACCUCAAGAACGUGAUGACCACUGUCGACGCCAUGAAGACGACUACCAAGGAACUAAAGAAACAGUAUGGCAAGGUGGACAUUGACAAGAUCGAGCGCAUGCAAGAUGAGAUGGCGGAUUUAAUGGAGGUGGGCAAUGAGAUCCAGGAGAGCAUUUCUCGGGCGUAUGAUUUACCUGAGGAGGUUGAUGAGGCGGAUUUGGAUGCUGAGCUGGAGGCGCUUGGGGAAGAGUCGAUGUUUGACACGGGAAUUGGAGAGGAUGCGAUGCCAAGUUUCUUACAAGACGAGGUUGCGCCGCCGCAGUUUAUUGAUGAGCCACCAGAGCAGGCGAAGGUCAAAGAGGCUGCUGGCGGUCUUGGAUAA